CAAAGGAGAUAACCUCUGUUCUACGAACUAUGUAUGUGCUCGAACUCACAGCACCAUUCUCAAAUUUACUCAGAUGUCCAGUAUAAGAUGCAUCGCUUAUGAUCUUCGAUGAUUCAGUUAUUAUUUCACCUCGUUUAAGAUCGGUUCAGCAGCGACUUCAAGUUUUACCAGAAGCACAAACAACCAAAGUGAUCAAAAUGAAUCUGCUGAAGCUGAACCUUUGUCUACUCGUUCUAUUAUUGAUCGAGUGCGUCAAUUUGUCGAAUGCUGGCUAUGGCUGCAAAGGAAAACACAAAUGGAACAGCAGACGGCAUCGCGAUGUACACAUCGAAAUCUAUCGCCCGAAGGGAGUGAUGAUUUGGUAUCCAAAACACCCACGAGUUGUGAUGUUUGGCAUACAAAUUUUCCUUAACUCACCGUCGACGGAGUUGUCAAUCGGCCUCAACACUACGAACGUCUCCUACGGGAAGUUCAUCUUGCGGGACGAUAACGCUAUUAUUCGUGCAAGAGAUCGUUUGCACUACACAGCGAUGAUGCGAAAAAUUGAUGGGUCGUAUUUUAAUGAAACUGAUGAAUUUUAUGUCGCUCGUGGUAGGAUCACCUCCCGUCAGGCUGAGUGCUCUCGCGGCAAUCAAGCAAUCACACCAAACUCUGAUGUUACUAAAUUACAGCAGAAAAUUACCGUCUUGCAAAACGUAGUUUCCGACGUGUUUCAGCAUUGUAACAAUAACACCCAAUCCGGUAAUCGUUUGUAUCUAAACAUCCGUCUCAUGGAAACCGGACUGGAUCCGGAAGGACUUCACAACUACACUCUUAAUGAGCUGAAGAAGUUCAUUCCAAGCCUGGACUGGGAUACCGUCCUCAUCCACACCGAAUAUUAUGGUGAUGGCAUCGCUUUCGAGGUUAAAACUUUCGUUGAUAAGCUGCUGGUGCUGCAAAUGUCUAAAGGUUCUGGACAAUUUACCAUCAGCGAGUUGGAUGAGUUAGACGAACAGAUCGCGGACAAUGAAAUUGAUUCGUACGAUUACGGAGAUUGAAUGAAAGUGACCCAAUGCUCUGCUCAUUGUACAUUGAAAAUUUGAAUUUCAACGUAUGACUUAUGUUAGAAAAGAUAUUAAACUGUGUUUACUCAAACAAAGAUUCAUCCAUUCGUCGCCAGAUGUCAGUUUCGCCUGUCGACAGUAUUUACUCUAGCAGCAAACAAUCGAACCACCCAAAUGAUUAUAGGAGAAAAAAAAAACUCGAACUUUGUGGCAUCGUUUUUUAUUUUUCACUUGGAUUAAUCCUUUAUAAUUUGUUUUUGUUUUGUAUCUAAUUAAUAAUACAACAUAAUUAAAGAAAAAAGGUUACUUAUCAUCGCUAUGCUCGUUUAAA